CCAAUUUAAUCCUCCAUCGUCCAUUCACGAAAUUUUAAUUCCCUCCGAGUCCUCUCUCUGCCCUUCUUAUCUCCACGCAUCGCUUCGCCUUUCCUCCAUAUUCCCAUUUUGCCCCUCGAUACCCUAGCUCUAAUCAUUUGUAGGCGAUGAAGGGACGGAAGCCGAAGGCGAGCUCGUCGAGGGCCAGCGACAACAAGCUGGCGGUGAAGAAAGGAGCAAAGAAGGUGGAGAAGAAGGGAAAGGGCGCGAAAGAUCCUAACAAGCCCAAGAGGCCUCCAAGUGCUUUCUUCGUUUUCAUGGAGGGAUUUCGAAAGGAGUUCAAGGAGAAGAACCCUAGGAAUAAGAGCGUUGCCGCUGUCGGGAAAGCUGGCGGUGAGAGGUGGAAAUCGUUGUCUGAUGCCGAUAAGGCUCCUUUCCAGAACAAGGCCGAGAAGUUAAAAGCCGAGUACGAGAAGAAAAUCGCGGCGUACAACCGAGGGGAGACGACCGAGGAAAACGUUGUGGAGGAAGAGGAGUCUGACAAGUCCAAGUCCGAGGUUAACGAUGACGAGGAAGAAGGAACCGGGAGUGAGGAGGACGACGAUGAGGAUGAAGACUAAAGUAGGAAAAGCGGUGAGGAUGAUUUACAUGGGAGUUUUUGCUAUACUCCCAUCUCUUUGGCCCCCUUUGGUUAUCGUAGGAAAUAGGGGAGUGGGCUUCAUAGGAAUGUGAAUCUUUUAAACUCAAAUCUUGUGCUUGAGAAAUGCUUACAUUUUGUUGGGAUGGAUGUGAGUUCAUUCCUUGUAACUAUUAGGACCUGAAUCAUUAUGGGUUAAAAACAAUAUCAGUGUUUAAUGCUUCAUAAUC